GCGGCGGCGAGCCUCCGCAGAGGGGGGUGUCACUUCCGCUUCCGGGUCAGCGCCAGGCUGGGGAGAAGCGAGGCAGCGGGGAGAGUCGCUUGCUGUCGGAGCCGCCAUCGCCCUCGCCAUGCCCAAAGGAGGUAGAAAAGGAGGCCACAAGGGCCGGGCCCGGCAGUACACAAGCCCCGAGGAGAUAGACGCUCAGCUCCAAGCAGAGAAGCAGAAGGCCAAGGAGGAGGAGGAAGAGCAAGAGGAAGGCGGCGAUGGGGCCACGGGAGAGCCCAAGAAGGAGAAGAAAUCGCUAGAUUCAGAUGAGAGUGAAGAAGAGGAAGACGAAGACUACCAGCCAAAGCACAAAGGAGUGGAAGGCAUGAUAGAUAUAGAAAACCCCAACCGUGCCGCACAGACUGCCAAAAAAGUCACCCAGAUAGAUAUGGAGAGCCCUCGGGAAUUGUCGCGGCGAGAACGGGAAGAAAUCGAGAAACAGAAAGCAAAAGAAAGGUACAUGAAGAUGCACCUCGCCGGUAAAACGGAACAGGCCAAGGCGGAUCUUGCCCGACUAGCCAUCAUCCGGAAACAGAGGGAAGAGGCGGCCAAAAAGAAGGAGGAAGAAAGAAAAGCAAAAGACGAAGCAUCUGUCACAGGCAAAAGGCUGCAGUCGCUGUCCCUAAACAAGUAAGCGUGGGCGGUGCGAGAGGAGGAAAUUUCCCAGGAACUGUGCCUGGCUGGUGCCCGCCGGCUACUCUGCCACAUCACACCCAGAGAGGCCGCGUGGAGAGCCCUGCAGGAUCGGCGUCAUCUUCACCUCCAAGAGACCCUGACAGCAACAUGUUUGUCUUCAUCUGGGCACAGAAUUCCAUUGUGGGGGGCGGGGAGGGGGGGCUGGGUGGCGGGGGAGCUAUUAAUCUUUUGGUGCAGAAAUACACGGAGUGGCAAUUCUCCGUUCUAACCGUUUCGGGGCAGGUUGACAAACCUGAACGGUUUUGCUGUGUUUAGAUUUAAGAUCACAUAUCUGGGGCAGGGAGGGGGAGGGAAGGGCAAGGGGGGUUGCUUCAGCUAGACUGCAGGAAAGCAGUGGGGGGGGGAGGCGUGAAGGUUGUAGUCCUGACAAUACAGGUGCAGACCUGAAGUUCUGGGUUAUUGUGGGGUGUGUAUAACAGGCACAGAAAGAGGAAAGCAGCCUCUCUGUACGGCUAUUUUGGUUUUUGUUCCCAUUUGACAACCUUCCCACUGCCCCCCCACCCCACAAAAAAAAUCAUUUCCCUUUUUUUAAAAGCCAUCCUUUCCUUCUCCUCUGAAAAGGGAUAGUGACUUUUUAACUGUAAAAACCAAACACACCCACCCACAACUCUUCCCCGACUGCAAAACCUGUUGGAACAGAUGCAAAUUGGAAGCAAAACUUGUAUAUUUGGCAGAAAUAAAGUUUAAAUUAUCGUAA